AUGUCUUCAUCAAGCAUUUUCGAUCCUCGCUCUAUUGAAUCAGCAAAGAAUACAGUCGCUUCGUUCAUGAAGACCGCCUUCUCUCAGCAAAACGUAUCAGCCACUGCUGUUAUCUGUUCAGCCGUAGUUGGUUUGUUUGCUUAUGAGCAAUAUGUCUAUCUUAAGAAGAAAAAGUCGUUGCCUGGACCCAGCUUCAAGAUUCCAAUCAUUGGCGCUUUCAUGGACUCUCUUUACCCUACAUUUGAAGGCUACAUGAGCAAAUGGAAGAGUGGUGAAUUAUCAUGUGUUAGCGUGUUUGACAGAUUCGUAGUCAUCGCUUCCACCUGUGAAUUGAGCCGUAAGAUCCUCAACUCUCCUGCCUAUGUGUCUCCUGCUGUUGUUGAUUCCAUGAAGUAUAUUCUUUGUGACGAUAACUGGGUUUUCUUGGGUGGUAAGGCUCAUGUGGACUACCGUAAGGGGUUAAAUGUUUUGUUUACUCGCAAAGCAUUGGGCAUCUAUAUUCCCAUUCAAGAGAGAGUUUACCAAAAGCACUUUGAUGAGUGGCUCGCUUUAGGUGGCGUUUCAGAACAAUAUCAACUGCGCUUCCGUGAGCUCAACAUGGAGGCCUCUCUUCGUGUCUUUAUGGGCGAUUACAUGUCUGAUGAAGUUGCAUCUACCAUCUCCCAAGAAUACUUCAACAUUACUGCUGCAUUAGAACUUGUCAACUUCCCUAUUCCUUUGCCUGGCACAAAGGUCUACAAAGCUAUCCAAUCUCGCAAGUACAUUGUCAAGCACUUUAUUGAGAGUAUCAAGGAUAGUCGUAUCAGAAUGGCUGAAAAGGGCGCCGAAAUCAAGUCUAUGAUGGAUGCUUGGAUCAACUCUAUGAAUGAAUAUGAAGUUGAAUGUGCUGAGGCUGGCAAGCCUGCACCCAGAAAGUUUGAUGACCGUGAAAUCGCUUUGACUCUUUUGACCUUCCUCUUUGCUUCUCAAGAUGCUACCUCGUCUGCUUUGACUUGGGCUUAUCAAUUAUUAGCUGACCAUCCUGAAGUGCUCAAGAAGGUAUACGCUGAACAAGUUCAAGUUCGCAAGGGCGAUCUCAAGCAAGAACUCACUUUGGAGCAAAUGGAGGAAAGCACUUAUCUUCGCCAAGUUGUCAAAGAAAUUCUUCGUCUCCGUCCUCCUGUAUUGAUGGUUCCUUAUCAAACUACUCGUGAAUGGCCCCUUACCCCUAAUUAUACUGUCCCCAAGGGCUCUAUGGUCAUUCCUACUACUUAUCCUGCUCUUCACGAUCCUACCGCAUAUCCUAACCCUGAUGCUUUUGACCCCGAUAGAUGGGGACCUAACGGUAUCGCCGAAAAGUUCCCCAAGAACUUUAUGGUAUUUGGCAAUGGCCCUCAUCACUGUCUUGGCAAAGAAUUUGCCAUUAUGCACUUGAUGGCUGUCAUUGCCCAAUCAUCUCUCCAAUUAGAAUGGACACAUACACGUACUGAGAAGAGCGAUGAUAUCUCUAUUUUCGCUACUAUUUACCCUCAAGAUGGUUGUAUCAUGAGCUUCAGACCCAAGAGCACCACCGCUUAA